UUUAAUCAAUGAUGAGAUCAUUUCCUUGCACUGCAGAAAUUCUUCGUCUCUCUUCUCCUUCUCUCUAAAGACAGGUAAAUUAUCUUUUACUACUAAUCUCUGUAUGCUUUCGACUAGGGUUUGAUUCUGUUUCGAACAAUUCCCCCUAAAAUUCUUCAAUACCCAGUUCUAACCCUAACAUUAGAGUGAUAGCAAGAACCCCCUUUUAUUGAAUAAUCUUGAUUAGGAAAAAUGAAAAACAAAGAAAACAAUCCAACCUCACCACCACAAACUACAAAUCAACAACCAUUACUGCAACCAAAUCCACAUCCACAUCCUCAUCCUCCUCCAUACACAUUUAUGCCGUCGUUCUACCCUCCUCCCCCUCCAUGGUCUACUUUUCCAGGUCCUUGGUCUGUUCCUCCACCUCCAUCUGGUUUUCCAUUAACAAUGCCUAUUCCUACUCCACCUCAUAAUCUUCCUCAACACUCUGCUUCGGGACAUUCGUUACCAUCCCCACCACCACCACCUUAUGCCUUCUGGCCACCUCCACCACCUAUGAUGAUGGGUCCUGUAAUUUCAACUUCUCAAAAUCAUAUUGCUGUACCAACUACUGGUAAUACCCAGGAGUCAGUUGUGCCGCCAACUGGUUUACAUAGGGCAGAGGGUAAAGUGCCACCAGAACACCAGCAUUCAGAACAAGCCUUGAAUUCGCCUCUGAGGAGGCGUCCAGUCACACGGCGUUCAGCUGCACAGGAUCUUGCUACAGAUAAUGCUUCUUCACCAGGACUAGAUCAGCUCUUGGAUACCGUCUCACCUUCUUUGACUGCAACUAAAGGGUCUCAGUCUCGACGGUUGAGAUCCCAGAAGAUUAAAGAUAAAGAAGAGAAAUCUAAUGCUGGUCAACAAGAUAAAGUAGAAGGCGAUGCUGCUUUUGUUGAUGAAAACAAUUCAGUGGAUGUCACAUCGUUGGAGGAAGUUGAUAUCGCAGCUGAAACCAGUGGAAGGGAAGAUGAUAAUGUACCUCUUCCUAAACUUGGCUCUGAACCAUUCGUUGGCUUGCGAUUCAGUUCAGAAGAUGAAGCAUAUGAAUUUUAUAAUGCUUAUGCUAAAGAGAAAGGAUUCAGUAUACGGAAGAGUCACAUACAACGGUCAAGGGUCGAUCGGAGUGUGAUAUCCCGAGAGUAUGUUUGUGCAAAUCAAGGGUUUCGUUCAACAAAUGACAGGCGAUAUAAAGGAAAGGUUGUUCGACCUCGACGCGAAACAAGGGUAGAUUGUCGAGCUGCUAUGAGCAUCAAACGGAGAUCUACAAAAUGGAUUGUUGACAAAUUUCAUAAGGAGCACAAUCAUGGUCUUGUUGAUCCUGCUAAAGCUGAAAAACUUAGGUCACACCGGAAGAUAACACAGACCACAAAGUCAGUGAUAGAUACACUCUAUAAGUGUAGAAUUGGACCAUCUAAAAUUAUAGACGUUCUUACAAAAGCAGCAUCUGAAGAGAAUACAGUUGAAAUCAGUGGUCUGGAUUUAAUGAAAUAUGUGAAGAGAAAACCAAAAAACAACAUUGCAGCUGAUUGUUAUCGUGUGCUUGAAUAUUUUCAGAAAAUACAAGCAGUGGAUCCUGGAUUCUUUUAUGUGGUAGAAGUCGGUGACAGUAGAUCUAUGAGGAGUAUGUUUUGGGCUGAUAGCAGAUCAAGGGACGCAUACAAACAGUUUGGGGAUGUUAUGGUAUUCGACCAUGUAUGCCGAAUGAACAAAGAUUUGUUUCCUUUUGUUUCGUUCGUUGGAGUGAAUCACCACAGACAGCCUGUAUUGUUCGCAUGUGGGUUGUUGGCUGAUGAAACGGUGGAAUCAUUUGUUUGGUUAUUCAAAACCCUACUUAGAGCUAUGUCAAAUUGUCAUCCUACUUCUGUUAUUACAAAGCAAGACAAAGCAAUUAUGGUUGCGAUGGGAAAAGUUUUCCCAAAUACAAGGCAGCGGAUAUGCAUGUUGCACAUAGGAAAAAAUGAAUUAGGAAAUUUGAGUGACGUCUUCAACAUGCACCCCGCUUUUCAGGAAGAGUACAAAAGGUGCAUCUACAAUUGUCAGAAGCCAGAGGAAUUUGAAUCAGGUUGGAAACAGCUACUUGUUAAAUAUAAUUUGAAAGAAAACAGUUGGUUAUAUGGUAUGUACGAUCAGCGUCACAACUGGGUACCAUUGUAUUUGAGGAAUACAUUCUUUGCUGGAAUGAGUACGACUCAGUUAGCUGAAGGCAUGAACUCCUACUUUGAUGGAUUUUUGCACGAAAGAACACCCUUAAAUGAGUUUAUAGAACAAUAUGAACUGGCUGUGGUGCGCCGGAGGGAGGAAGAAACUGAUGAAGAUUUUAUAACUAUGUAUACUAGUGCUGGUUCGUCUUCGAAAAAUCCUAUUGAAGAACAAGCAGCUAAAGUUUACACUAGGAAUAUGUUCACAUUGUUUGGUCAUGAAUUUUCUGAGAGUUCUGGUUGCAAUGUGAGAAAAGUUGAUGAUAAAGAUGAAUGUACAAGUCGGUACCUAGUGGGGAGGUACGGUGAUAAGGAUGAUGAAAUGAGCUUUGUCACAUUUAACUCCAUCAGCAAAGAUACAAACUGCAGUUGCCAAAUGUUCGAGUUUGAAGGGAUACUCUGUAAACACGUUCUUAAAUUAUUUCAAGAUUUGAACGUCGUUGAGCUUCCUGCUAAAUAUACCCUAAAGAGGUGGACGAUGAUUGCUAGGUAUGGUGGACCGUGUGGCGACGAGGCUGAAUGUAUUUCAGAGGAUACAACAGCAGUAAAUGUCUGGAUGUUGAAAGAGACGGCUGUGAAAUUUGUGGAAAUCGGGUUAUCUUCAGCCGACCGCAAUAGUGCUGCUAUGAACAUAAUUGAAGAGGGUCUAAAAAAUAUUUCUCUUGUUAACGCCUCAACUAAUGAUUUGCAUCCUGAAGAUUCGGUUGGUUGUAGUGAUCAAGGGGAAAAGUUAAUUGAUACCACCUCUAGUGAACCCCAACCGAUCAAAACAAAAGAACGGCAGGCAUCAGUGAAAGAAAAGUUAGGAGUUAAACAAGUGAUGAAGAAAAAUAGGAAGUGCAGUACAUGCAAGAAAUCUGGGCAUUAUACAAGUACAUGUCCAAAGGGACCAGUGGAUCAGUCCCAAACUUCAGCCAAUGGGGACCAAAGGCAAGCUUAAUGUUUUGCAUUUGAUGUCCAUCUGGGUAUGUUUUAAGAUUGAACCAGGUGUUGGAAACUCUUAGUAAGAAUUGCGGUGAUCAUGUGUUUCAGCAGAUUGUUGAGCGUGAUAUCUUACAUGAUAUGGUCUUAAAGAAGAAGUUUUUGUUGAGGUCUAUCGGAGAGUUUCCAGCAGCUUCAUGCUUCACUGAAUAAACUUAAAUGGAUACCUCCGAAUAGUAAACUUAUACUGCUUGGCGCAGAAAUCCAAAAUGGUCGUGGUUUAGCAGAUGUGUUAAUGGAAAUGCUUGGCGCCUUGGACCCUCAGACUCCUGAGGGUAAAGCACGAACUGGUUGUUGAUUUGGUUGACCAAUGUCGUUUGUACCAAAAGCGUGUCAUGCUUCUUAUAAACAAUACCUCAGGCGAGGAACAUCUGUCUCAACAGUUUACGCUGAAUGAUGACUUGCAGCAAGUGCUUUAAUGACAUGAUGACAUACUGAACGGAACCGGAACCUAGGUUGCACCAAUAUGCUUACAGGUUUUGGUUCACCUGAAGCAUCUUUCACUUCUUCUAUAUCUUGAACUUGUACAACCGCAUCAGCAACAAUUUCAGGAGUAACAGUAACACCACUCCAUUUCCAGAUUUUUUAUUCAGUAAUUACAGGAUACUCACCAAUCCCAUCUGAAGGGACUACUGCAAAACCAUAAUUAAUAGAAGGGAUAUUUUGAUUUUGGGUCCC